AUGAUCAUCACCGGCCUCGAAAUAGUAACUCGCAACCUAGUUCGCAAUCUCCGCGACAUAACCCACCAACAACAACCCUGCGGCAUCGACCUAACCCUCCACAAAAUAUCAAAAUGGACCUCAGCAGCAACCCUAGACUUCGACAAUACCAGGCGUGAAGCAGCCAAAGUAUCUAUUCUCCCAUUUGACAUCAACCAAGCAAUUGUUCUACAGCCAGGCUCUUAUCUAGUCGAUUUCAACGAAACGGUUCAAAUUCCGCUAGAUUGCAUGGCCAGUGUUUUCCCUCGGUCGUCGUUGUGGAGGUCUGGCGUGAACAUUUCUGCCGGGGUGGUUGAUGCUGGGUAUGAGGGUGUGAUGGGGGCUUUGAUGGAAGUUAAGAAUCCGCAUGGGGUUGUCCUUUAUAGGGACAGUAAGCUUGCGCAGAUUGUUUUUGAGGAGUUGGGGGGUGUUGUUGAGGGGUACAAGGGGAUUUAUCAGGCUUCUACUUGUAGUGUCGGGCGGGAUGGGGUAGAGAAGGUGUGA